GGACUUUCCAUGCGGAAAGCAGUCAGUUUAUAAUGCCACACCGUUACGUCAUCAACGCGCGACAAAGCUAGAUGACACAGAGUGGACUCACGUGCGUGAAGAGAAGAAUACGCAGCUUGUUAUUUGAGCUGAGUUGUGUUCAUUGAAAAGAUGCACAUUGGAAAUGUAUGAAAAUGUGGAAAUAGAUGAGAAACAGAAGUCGAGCUUUGAAGAGCGGCACCUAAAUGAUGAGUCUGUGUCUGGCGUGAUGGAGUUUCUCAGCAUUGAUGUGGAUCAGAGCUCUGGUGCAUCAAACAGAGAGGAGACAUUAUGCUCUAAAAAUGUGAUGCGAAAGCAGCGGAACUGGGAGAAAAGACUGGAGGCGAAAAAGAGCAAGAGGAAAGAGGAAAAACAGAGAAGAAAACAGAACCAGCAAGAUAAAGAUGUUGUGCCUCACCUCAGUAAACGUGUGAUCAAGGCUAUCACAAGAGAGCGUCUGGAGGAGGCAAGAGCCACUGGACCAAGACUGUGCGUGGAUCUCAGCAUGAGUGACUGCAUGUCACACAAAGAAAUCAGUCGUCUCUCCAGUCAAAUCAGACGUCUCUAUGGGUCCAAUAAGAAAGCCACACAUCCGUUUCACCUCUACCUCACAGACAUGAAAGAAGACAGUCUGCUUUAUAAAGAGUGCAUCAGAAUGAAUGAAGGCUUCUUGAACUACUUGAUUGAUGUCACUGAGGAGAGUUGGAUAGAUCUGUUUCCUUCUGAGGACAUCAUUUAUUUAACUCCAGACGCGAGUGAAGCUUUAGAGGAAGUAAAUGGAGACAAGGUCUAUAUUCUUGGAGGCCUUGUGGAUGAGAGCAUUCAAAAGAAACGGACCUACACUAGAGCAAAAGAGCUCGGGGUGCAGAUGGCAAGGUUGCCUAUUGAUGAGUACAUGGUGAAAAGACCAAACCCCAAGAAUUUUCACUCAAAAAUCCUAGCUAUCAACCAAGGUGGGCUCACUUCUCUCUCUCUCUCUCCUGAUGCUGCCAAACUCAAUAAGUAUUUGAAAUCCUGCUGUCUUAUUGUGACACUGGAAGCUGGAGCAAAGCCCUCAGCGCUGGAGUUCCCACAGGAAAAGGAUAUGCUGUGUCUUCAGAAACGGAGGCAGAUUUAUCAUAAUGACCAAUGAAUGAUCUGUACACCAGCACACCACCCUCAGGAUGAUGGUUCAGACAGAAAUCUCACAGGCCUUCGAGAGAGAACUGGAAAAUGAUUCUGCACCAAUCUGGCUGUUUUAAUGUGAAUUCAAAACAUUAAAUAACGCUCAGAACUGACCAAGUGUUACAGCACUGACCAGAUUAAGAUAUUAACACUGCUGUUCUGUGAACACUACUGUUGGCACUAAGCAUGUAUUCAUUCAGUUUUUAUAUUCCUGUCUUUUAAGUUAUUGUAGCUGAUAGAAUUAACUUGGCCAAUUACUCAAUUAAGAUCCUGUUAGUUCACAAUUAAAACUACUCUCCAGGAUGGAAUCUAUUUUUUAAUGAUUAUUUAAGUUUUAGGAUUUAUUUUGUAACUGUUUAUAAUUAUUUCAUGGUAAAUAUAUUUUCCAUAUCAGUAUGUUGAUUUUUUUUUCUCGCACUGAGGAAUAGCUUCUUCCCUACAGCUGUUUCCACACUGAACAGCUGAUCACAUUGCAGUAUCUGUGUAUUUACUUACUUUUUAACACACUGUGUCCACUACGCAUCUUUGCAAAACUGUAUAUUUCAUCCCUACUCUGUAUAUCCAUAUAUAUUUUUAAUCGAGCAUACAUUAGAAUAUGUAUAUACUGUUAACAUAUGUGCUCAAGAUAGAUAGAUAGAUAGAUAGAUAGAUAGAUAGAUAGAUAGAUAGAUAGAUAGACAUCUUUACUACUGUACAAUGUUCAGAAAAUAUAGACCAUAUAUAUCUUAUUUAUAAUAACUACAUCGAAAUCUUCCACUUCCUCUGUAUAUAUCACCCCUAUAGCUGUAUAUCUUUAGUAAUUUAUUGUAAGUAUACCACUGUGCACUACUGCGUUUCUUUUCUGGGUGUUCUUUACACAAUGGCAAAAAAAGGUUCAAUCUGAUCUAAUGAUCUGAUUCUGAGUCAAAUAAAAAUUAUUCAGUCUUCAGACACGAUAAUCAUGAUAAUAAACAUGGAAGAGAUAAAGAGAGACAGACCAGUUUCCCAAGACCAGAGGAUCUGUGGAUAUAGGUCAGCAUCUACUCUCUGUUAUCUGCUUAAUUAUCUAGCUUACAAUUAAGGUAAACAGGUUGCACACCAGACAUGUAUUUUCUGCAGUCAUCAUAUGUAUAAUGCAGACUUUUCACAGACAUCUCAGAUCUGUUAAUUUGUCGUUAAAUUUAUACUUCCUAUA